UGAGAGACAAGCAAGACACCAUAGUCUUAGUACACAAACAGUGAAGACUGGGACCAGGGUUGUAUAACUGAAUCUGCAUUACUUCAGUACAUUUUGAUCUCUGGAUUAAACAUUUGAAAACGCUAUGGGGACUCUUACAAACGUUCUCCUCUGCAGCUUUGUUGUGUUCGCUAGGGAUGGCGUGAAAUUAGAGGCGGACAAGCCAUUUGAACGCAAGGAACUCGGUGCCUCAGUGUCCAUGGAGUGCUGCUACGUCAACGUUGAUGAGGAAGUGCCAUCAAUUUGGGUCAAAGUCUUUGGAGUUAAAGGCAAACACCCCCCUAAACCAGUUGCGAAUUCUACAGCUCUGACUGAAGAAUCUAUGAGAAGAAAGAAGGACAAAAGAGUCUGUUACACCCUAACCUUCAAGACACUCCAGCUGAAUGACAGUGGACUGUACCAGUGUUGGCUAAAGAGCAAGAGUAUGUACACACAUGGCACCUACCUGCAGGUCUACAAACCGAUGAAGAAGGCAAUAAACCUCAGCGAAAACACCAAAAACAAGAUCCUGACAGCUGAGGGAAUCUUACUGUUGCUGUGUGUGCUUCUGCCUUCCGUCACCCUUCUCCGCCAGUCAAAGAAACUUAAGGAACUGGAAAGGAAGAAAUCGAUGAAGGAGGAGGAAAACAUAUAUCAGGGGCUAAAUCUGGACGAUUGUUGCACCACAUAUGAUCAGAUCGAACGUUCCCAGGGACAUGGCCCGUACCAGGAUGUGUGCAACAUUAUUGAGGAAGAGGAGGAGAUCCAGCUGGAGAAACCCUGAAGGAAAGAGAAAAGAUAAGGGAAGAAAAAAAGGGAGUGUUUUAAUAGCUGAAGCGUGUGAUAUCUGAAUAUCAGGUUAUUUCUUUACCACACACAUUGGAAUUCGAAGUGUUGUACAUAGCCUGCAAUUACAGUUUUAGCAUCUGACAACAUAUUGUUUAAUCAGCUUCUUUAAUUUGAGAUUGAACAUUUUGAGCUUGUAGCAGUUGACAAAACAGUCUCACCACAAGGUCCAUGCCGUCAAGGGCGUAGACAGGAGUGUAGAAACACUGAGGUCAGAAGUCCAAGAACUCCAGAUCCACUCCAGAUAAUUUUGAAGAUACCUCUUUUCUAUGUUUGAUACAAUCAGCUGUAUCAUCUUAUUAUCUUUUUGUACAUUUAAAAGCAGUUAAGCCUACUCCAAAAUUAUUUUUUUCUUUGUCAAAUGUAUGGACACUGACAAUAAUGAUAUCUAUAUUUAAUAAUAAUGGAAAUAAUGAUAAAUAAUAAAAUGGAAACUUCUGUGUCCUCAACAGUAGCUUUCAAACAUAAGGCAUUAACCUCCAUAUUCAUGGAAUUAGGCAAAAACUGCUUUUAAACCAAAAUGGAUGGAAAGUCCUUUAAGUGCUCAGAAAAUGUUGAAACGUGUUUAACAAGUUUAUAACAACCAGCAAACUGCAUAUUUUUUUAAGAUUGUGUAAUGUGACUGAAAGCUCAUAGGUGGACUUGACUGGUGAUUGUUUUAUCAGCUUCUUGAAUGUUUGUUUAGAAUCUAUGUGAAUAAUUGCAUUGCAUUUUACGGAAUGACUUGACUGUGUGUCACAGUGUAUUUGCUUUCUGCCAUUUCUAUGAGUACUCAAAGAAUAAAGUUGUAGAAAAGAAA